AUGAAAGAUCUCCAGAAAAAAAGCUCAGUACGAAGGCAAAUCACGAAUGAAGACGAUGAACGGUAUGGGGAGGACAGCAUCCAUGACCUUCCCAGGACAAUACCAAAUGUAAAUCCCUAUAUUAGAAAUUCAGGAUUUAGGCCAUCUUAUUCUUCCCAAAUUCCUUCGACAAGGAGUCUAUUCAAUAACUAUUAUAACCGUUCAAGUGCUAACACAGUUGGUAAUGACACAAUAGAUACCGAUAGUGUUAGCUAUAACGGAGUUGCCAAAUUCCGGAGAAAUAGCGUAGAUAUACCGCUACAGACACAUAACAGACUGGAAGUACGGCCUAUAAUCGACAGACAAGACUAUUUGUGGAGAGAAAUAGAUGCCCUAGAUGACGUUAAAAGACAGGCGCAGGCAACAGAAUUGUAUGAUCAGUUUCCUCCAGGGUUCGAGAACAAACUGAUGCAAUUAAGGCAAGCACAUAGUAAACUACUUCAAGUCUUGAGGGACCGCAAUGCUAAAAUAGAAGAGGAACAACGUCGUGAAGUGGCGGUCGCAACCGCUGCUGCCAUGAUGACUAGAACGCCAUCACCAACAGGAAAAUCCGUCGGAGAUGAAGCUACAAGCAACAACAUGCAUAGUAGCAGCGCAAUUAGAAAUCCAAAUGGACCAACCGUUGAUCCUGAAGAAGGAAAGUACAUUCAAGAGCUGGUGAACACUAUAAGGGAAUUACAAUAG